UUGUAAAUAUCAAUUACUUUUUUGCACUCGUAAGAAAGCCAGUUUUAGAUGAAGGUAUUGGUCAUGUUUUGUAUAAAUACGGCAGAGAGUAACUUAAAGCAUCAGUAGUUACACUGUGUUUAACUUACAAAGCAGCAAGAUGUUUAAAUUAGUGGUGUUGUGCGCUUUCUUAGCAGUGGCAGCUGCUGAGCCCAAACCAGCAUUUUUCGCAGCUCCUGCCCUGACGCCGGCUAUUUUAUCUCCUGCAGCGAGAAUAUUCCCAGCCUCCAGCUACGUAUACCAGUCACCGUUAGUUUCAACACCUCUGUCCUACUCCGCCCCCUUGGGCUAUGCUCACCUCAUUAAGAAGCGGUCAGCACCACUUGUUCUGAGCCCCUACUCCUUCCCCUCUUCAUACAUCGCACCUGGUAGCUAUUCAUACUCAUCUCCGAUCGUGAGCACCUACUCCGCUGCUGCUCCUUUGGUACCAGCUAUCGGAUCUGGUCUUGUAUAUUCUUCAGGAGCUCAUUUGAUUAAGAAGCGGUCAGCACCCUUGUACUCAUCGGCGUACAUUACUCCUUCAAGCUACAUUGCACCAGUAAGCUAUGCCGCCACCGCACCUUUUGUGGCAACGACGUACUCGGCUCCGGUCGUAUCCACGCCUCUGAUCUCCUCGGCACCAAUCUCCUACGCAACUCAUCUUAUCAAAAAGCGGUCUGCUCCAUUAGCUGUUGCUGCUUAUGCUGCCCCUGGAGCCUACUCUCAUCAAUCCCGGUUUGACUUCAAGGCUUCCGGUCCAGUUGCUGCCUACAGCUCUUACAUCGCUCCUCUAUCUUACUCUAGCCCAAUUGUUUACUCUCACGUAUACUGAAAAUGGUGUGGUAAAAAUUUAAAAGAGUUCCAUCAACAUCAGUUACCAUUGACGUAAAUAAACUGCCUAUAUAAA